AUGAUAGAAAAGGCCCAGGUUCUGCUCGUCGGCUGUGGUGGGGUGGGGGCGAUCGCAGCGCUAAACCUGGAAGUCGGCGGCCACGCUGCUGUUACAGCAGUCCUCCGGUCGAAUUACUCCAAAGUCAAUUCUGACGGGUUCCACAUCAAAUCCUGCGAUCAUGGAGAAGUCCAGAACUGGAGACCGACCAAAGGUGCGAAUCAUGAAAUUAUCUUCACGAUCAAAUCUAAUCAAUCCAUAGUGGUAAACUCGAUUCCCUCACAGUCCGAAACCUGCUUCGAUUAUGUCGUUAUCACAACCAAGAACGUCCCAGAUUUCCCACCAACAAUAGCAGAUUUGAUUGAGCCUGCUAUUGUUCCGGGGAAAACGGUGAUAGUCCUCAUUCAGAACGGAUUGAACAUCGAGAAGCCGUUCUUGGAGAAGUAUCCUACCAAUAUAUGCCUAUCCGGCGUCAGCCUCAUCGGAUCCCAUGAAACAGCACCGGCAUUCAUCGAGCAUGAAGAUUCCGAUCGGCUUACUAUCGGGGCAUUCACAAAUCCCCACGUACAGCAAGAAGAAGGGGAUGCUAGCGCCCAUCGAUUCAUCAAGUUGUACUCAGCAGCCGGGAAAACAGAUUGCACCUUCACUUCCGAUGUUCCAUUCCAUCGAUGGCAAAAGCUGGUUUACAACGCGUGUUUCAAUCCUGUUUGUGCGAUAACAGGAUUGGACACAGGGCGUAUUCGGCUUGCGGAAGAUACCGUUGCGACUUUGCUGCGACCUGCUAUGCAAGAAGUCGUGGCUGCUGCAAAGGCUGUGGGUGUUGUUUUGCCUUUGGGCAUUGAAAAUCGGAUGAUAAAUAUAGAUCCUGUGACCAUGUAUCUCCGGCCAAGCAUGCUGGAAGAUGUCCAAAAGGGCAAUCUUGUUGAAUUUGAGACGCUUGUCGGGGAACCGUUGAGGGAAGGGCUGUCGCGCGGGGUGUUGAUGCCAACAUUAUCAUUCUUGUAUUACACCUUGAAGGCUAUGCAGUGGCGGUUAAAGGAAGAAAGGGGAAUCAUCGAUAUUCCUGCCAAGGGCGAGUACCCCCAGAAUACUUGA